UCUGAAUUCCCGCAUUCCUAAGAAUUAUAUUUUUAUAUAAAAGAAAAAACAUUUUCAUCUAAAUAAAGUCAAUAGUGAAAAGUACCUUACACUAAACAUAGCGUUUCUGCUGUAGUGGGGUGCCUCUGUAUUCUACCAGCGAGACGUUCGAAUGAUAAAAAAUGGUAGAAUCUGGUCAAGAAGCUGCCGAAAUAGCUUCUCAUAAUUUAGGAAAUGAAAUACAAGUUCAUAUACAAGAAAAUGAACAAAAUGGUACUUUGCCAGAUGAGAUAGAAAAUGAAAGAUCCUCAGAUCCGUCAGAAAACGAACAUAGAAACGAAACUGCUUCUAAUGAGCAAACACUAGGAGAUAAUUCAAAUCAAAAUAAUAUUAUGAAUACCCAUGAAGUCGAUAAUGAUUACAAAACAGGGAAUGAGAAGGAUCAGCCAGAGGCAGAGCUCAAUGAAACACCUAAUGAAGCAAAGGAAACAAACUAUAAUACCGAUUCAAAAAGGGAGAUAAGCAUGAACGAUACAAAUGUUGCUUCUGAGGGUCUCAGCCCAAAACCUUCUGUUCCAAGCGAAACCGAAGAACGAUCCCAAUUCGAGGCAGAUGAUGCUGAGGCUAAUGAAGAUAUUCCCAUAAAUAGCUCAAAUGAAGAUAGCCAACCGAAAGCAGACCAUCCUAUCAAAACACCGGAUCCAAGGAUUGACGAAGAAGAAACAGAAUCACAAAGUGAUGUGGCUAGCCAUUUAGCCAGGAGAUCGACUACGUACAGUGAACAACAACAGGAACGUCCUGAAGCAGUAAGUCGACCAACUUUCCAAAAUUCAGGUAAACUCAAUCCACAUCUUUUUAUUAUAGACGCAUUCAAGCAAAUGUCCAAAGCUAAAUCCUUGAAAAAACACAAAAAGCUACGAGAAUCCAUUGAUAAUGUACAAACUGAGCUGCAAAAACAACCAUUCUUACUUCCGGAAACUAUUCUUGACCCGCUUGUAAUGGCGUGCGAAACAAAUAGCACAACGCUACUCACAAUAACUUUAGAUUGUUUUGCGAAAUUGAUUGAUUACAAUUAUUUUGAUACCCCUGCUAUUAAUUCUCCUGAGAUGUCUUUAAUGGAACGAGUUGUGAACACCAUUGCUUCAUGCUUUUUUGGUGACUCUACUCCCGAAAAAGUUCAAUUACAAAUUAUUAAGGCUUUACUUGCAGCCGUAACUUCUCAACGUACUCUAAUUCGUCAUUCAUCUUUACUUUUGGCGGUGAGACAGACAUAUAAUAUAUUUCUUUUAUGUAAAAACCCUACCAUUCAAGCCACAGCUCAGGUUGCUAUAAUGCAAAUGGUGGAUUCCGUUUUUAAUCGAUUGUCCGGUGUGCUUCGUCAACAAAUAGAAGUCAAUGCGGUCACUCCGUUUAAAAGUUCAGUUGAGCAAUUAGCGGUUCCAGAACCGAAUGAGGUUUUACCAGCUGAUCCUCCUGAAAGCAAGCUUACGCUGGAGUCCUUCGAACAGCGUAAAAGCUUUGAUCAAGUAAGAGAAGAAGCUCCCUUAGAGGAAGAAUCCUUGGAGCAACAGCUUUUAAGAGAUGCCUUUCUGAUUAUUCGUGCUCUUUGUAAACUUUCGAUUAAACCCGUUCCUUAUGAAAAUGAAAGUGAUUUAAAGUCACACUCGAUGCGUUCCAAAUUGAUGAGUCUUCACUUAAUAUAUCGCAUCCUCCAUAAUUACAUGGAGGUCUUCUCAAAUCCGGGCAUUAUGAUAAAAUCUCCUUCGUCUCCUUCUACGCCCUUGGUACAGGCUGUGAAACAAUACAUCUGUCUGUCUUUAGCAAAGAACGUUGUCAGUCAUGUUCUCCCAGUUUUUGAAAUUUCAUGCGAGAUCUUUUGGCUUGUAUUAUCCGGCCUAAAGAACAUAAUGAAAGCUGAAUUGGAAGUUUUCUUCACAGAAAUAUUUUUUCCCAUUCUUGAGAUGAGGUCUUCUAGUAAUCAGCAGAAAAUUGUCCUUUUAAAUAUUUUUCAUCGGAUUUGCAAAGAGCCGCAAACUCUCAUUGAGUUGUACUUAAAUUACGAUUGUAUAAGUGGAAAUUCUGAAAAUGUAUAUGAACGUAUUAUCGUCACGCUAGCGAGAAUUGCGAGCCAGAAAACAAUGGAACCUCCUUCUGGAUUUUCCUUUAAACCGGAACAUGCUGUUAUCGACAGGGUGGGGUUCGUGUAUAAUGACUUGAAGGAUCUUCCGCAGCUAAGCAUUUCUUUUAUAGGAUAUUAUUCCCAUCUCCAUGAUCCUCCUUUCUUUGAUUAUCAGAUCAAAUUAAAAUCAUACAAGUGCCUCAAUUCCGCACUUUCUUCACUAUACAGCUGGUGUAAUCAAAAUUUCGAUUCAAGUGAUUCUUCAAGUCAUUAUAAUGUAGAUAAUUUGAUACCUAAUAGAAUAGAGGAGAAUCAAAGAAGUACUUCUGAUGUCUCUUCUGUCCGUAACAACGAUACAUCAACCGAUAACUUUGAUACCUCUGCUACAACUUUAGCGAUCGAUGAUCCUUCUCAAUUUGAAAGCUUAAAGCAUCAUAAGAAGUUAUUACAAGAAGGGAUUCAGAAAUUUAACUACAAACCCAAGCAAGGUAUGAGGUUUCUGAUUUCAAGGCAGUUGAUUGAAUCCGACACUCCGAGAAAUAUCGCUAGUUUUCUACUAGACACUGAAGGCUUGAACAAAGCUGCCGUUGGUGAAUACUUAGGAGAAGGGAAUGAGGAAAAUAUUGCUGUUAUGCACGCAUUUGUUGAUAAAAUGAGCUUCAAAGAUGUAGGCUUUGUAAAUGCUCUUCGCUCAUUUCUUCAGAAAUUCCGCCUUCCUGGAGAGGCUCAAAAAAUUGAUCGCUUUAUGUUAAAGUUUGCUGAAAAAUACGUUGAUGAUAACUUGGGUGCAUUUAGAAAUGCUGAUACUGCCUAUGUGCUGGCUUACUCGAUUAUCAUGCUCAAUACCGACCAACAUUCCCCACAAGUUAAACAACGCAUGACAUGUCAGGAUUUCAUUCGGAAUAAUAGAGGUGUUGAUGAUGGUGCAAACUUAAGUGACGAGUUUUUGGUCGAUGUAUACAAUGAUAUUCAAAAAAAUGAAAUUGUUAUGAAGGACGAACAGGGAGCUUCUAUUGACAAUUACCUCCCUACUCAUGCUAGUGUUGGAUUUGCCGCAAACAUCAGUAAUGCUCUGGCUACCGUAGGUCGAGAUUUACAGAGAGAGGCUUACUAUAUGGCCUCAAAUGAGAUGGCUAAUAAAACUGAAGCUCUAUUCAAGGAUUUAAUAAAGGAACAAAGACAGAAAGGAAAACUUACGGCCAAUGAUAUUUACUAUACCGCAAGGCAUUUUGAACAUGUCGGUCCUAUGUUUGAAGCUGUCUGGAUGCCUAUUCUAGCAGCAUUAUCUGAAUCCGUACAAUUAUCUUCUGAUUCUGCAUUAAUUCAGUUAUCUCUCGAGGGUUUCAGGCGUGCUGUAGAUAUUAUUUGCAUCUUUUCGAUGGAUUUACCCAGAAAUGCUUAUAUACAAACUCUCACUAAAUUUACCCAUCUCAACAAUAUGUUGGAGCUCCAGCGAACGAACAUGGAUGCACUGAGGACGUUGCUUGACAUCUCUUUAACCCAUGGAAAUCAACUUAAGGAUUCCUGGAAAGACAUUUUGCUCUGUAUAAGUCAACUUGAACGGGUCCAACUGAUAACAGCUGGGGUGGAUAAGAAUUCGAUUCCCGACAUUAAUUUAACGAAGUUAAUGCCACGUCCCGUUGAUAAAGGACAUCGUUCUUCGCGAAGUGCUAGUGUUUCUCACAGAUCAAAUUCAAGCGCUUCUAUAAAACCAACUUCUCUGGAUGUUGCCAAAGAGUAUAGUUCCCGUGAGGUGGUAAUGGCCGUCGAUAUGGUAUUUUCGAAUACUCGUGCUCUGGGAAGUGAAGGUAUUUAUGAUUUCGUAAAGGCCCUUAUUGGUGUCUCAUGGGAAGAAAUAGAAUGCUCGCUAGAGUUAGCUACCCCAAGACUAUUUAGUUUACAAAAACUUGUGGAAAUAUCAUAUUACAACAUGGGCCGUAUUCGUAUGGAAUGGUCUAGCAUUUGGUCGCUACUGGGAAAUUACUUUACUCAAGUAAGCUCUCACGAGAAUUCAAUAAUCGCAUCCUUUGCUUUGGAUUCUCUUCGUCAAUUUUCCAUGCAAUUUUUGGAAAUCGAAGAACUUUCACAUUUUAAGUUUCAAAAGGAUUUUUUGCAGCCAUUCAAGCACGCAAUGGAUAAUUGUCAAGAUUUGAAAAUCAACGAUCUUGUUUUACGGUGCGUCGAUCAGAUGGUAAAAGCUCGUUAUCAAAACAUAAAAUCUGGUUGGGGCCCUAUUUUUCAGAUAUUAGCAUCUGCAAGUAAAAUCCAUAAUGGAGCUGUUUUACACUAUGCACUAUCUAUUGUCUCUUCUAUUUUUAAUGACCAUUCAAAAUGUAUAUUUUCACAAGGUGCUUACUCAGAGAUGGUUGCGUGUCUUUCCAAAUUUUCGUUGUUGGGUGGUAAUCAGAAGUUCUGUUUGGUCAGCCUCGAUAUGCUGAAAAAUUUGGAAGGAAUUAUUAUAGAGAAUUGCGAAAACGAAAAUGUUCCCGUGUACUCUCCGAAAUCUGAAAAGCUCUAUUGGUUCCCUUUGCUAGUUGCAUUUAGAGAUGUAAUAAAGGAAGCUCCUGAUUUAGAGGUACGCUCGAGGGCCGUCAAGCUUUUAUUCAACUGUUUGGAUCGACAUGUUGCUGAUUUUGACGUCGACUUUUUAAAUAAGUUAUCCUUGGAUAUUAUUUUAUCCAUAUUUUCAAUUGUUUCUAUCUCAAAUUUUCAAAGGCUAUAUAUGGCAAAAAAUACCGAGGAAACAGACGUAUGGAUUCUUACAACCAUGGUAGAAGCUUUGCGAUCUUUUAUUGAAUUUUUCACAAAACACAUGGAAAAGCUUCGAAGUCAGUUGCCUAACGUCCUUUCUUUACUUCAAAAAUGCAUAUGCCAAGAAAAUAACAUGCUCUCCAAGGUCGGGAUAAGUUGUUGCUUACAAUUGAUUCAGAAAAACCGAAAGCAAUUUAAUAAUUCAGAUUGGGAUGAAGUAGUGCACUGCAUCAGUGAUUUAUUGAAGCGUACACUACCUGUCGAACUUCAAGAUCAUUCCUUGUAUCCUCAAACAGGUACUGAAUCCACUGAUGAAGAAUCUGAAGCUAAUUCAACAUUUUCUGGUGAACUUAACAACUUGAACAAGCAAGGGAAAUCUAAAAAGCAGCAGCUAAAGAACAUCGUGGUUAAGUGCACCCUACAAUUGCUAAUGAUCAACUGUUUGUGGGAGCUUGCUCAUUUUGAUGGCAUUCUCUCAGACAUACCGAAAGACAAAGUCUUGGUACUUUUGGAUUUGCUAGGUGAGUCAUGGAACUUUGCAGAAUCAUUCAAUUCGGAUAUUGAAAUUCGCGCAAAGAUUCUGUCAUCCGGAAUCGUCGACCAUAUGCCGAAUCUCUUAAGUCAAGAAGCUUCUUGCGCAAAACUAUUUUUAUAUAUUAGCUUCCAGUGUAUUUCUUCCUUGAAGAGAUUCAGCGACAAUGAACCUGACUUUGAAAAGUUUAGUAAUGCCUUCCAACAGAAGAUUUCAGAUGCUUCAAAGUUAAUUAUACGUGGAUUUCAAAGAGUUAUAUUUGAUAAUCCUGUGAAGGGAGUUGCUGCAUUCCAGCCCGUCAUCACUGGCCUAGUCGAGUAUAUAAUUUCCUUAGAAGACGCUCAGUUUACACGAGGGCGGAAGGAAUUUUAUGAUCUUUUUUGUGAUAUCCUUGCAUGUGGGCAUAUUGAUAGAGCAUUAGGGACCUCAAUGAGUAAAUUCUUUAAGCGCUAUGGUGAAUCUGAGCAAUAACAUCUAUAUCACAGGAUAUCCGGUUUAAUGAUUUAAUGUUACGAUUUCCUAAUAUUCCAUCAUGAUUCUAUCUAUAUUUCUAUAUUUUAAUUAAAUUAAAUGCUACUUUUUCUGCUGGCUUGUAA